AGAAGUAUGUCAUCAAAGGUCAGUGGUACAAAUUUGGUGAAGGUCCCAUGUACAGUUAGGUUGGAUGAGUUAUGUGGUCUUUAAAGUAUUGGUUUAACAUAUUGGUUUUAGAUGACAUUUUGUACUACAUUAGAAGAAGGGAAGAGGGUGGUUUAGCCAAAGUGUUGUGCUGCAGUGAGGCCCAAGAGGUUUUCACAGAAUUCCACACCAGUUCCAUCGGGGCCCACUGUGGCAUUGUGAAAACUACUGAUGCCAUCAGCCGUCGAUUUUAUUGGCCUUCCAUGAGUGUGAACAUUAGAAAUUGGGUAAGUAAUCAAUGAGUAGGCCUACUGUUUGAUGUGGACAUGCGUAGCAUUACAACGUGAAUCUAUUUUUAGGUAAAACACUGUGCAGCCUGCCAAGCAAAGCAAGCUGACAUUAAAAAUCACACAGACUAUACACCUAUUGAGGUUGUUGAGCCAUGGGAGAUUGUGGGAAUGGAUUUAGUGGGAAAGCUCACACCAACAAAAGAUGGGUACCAGUAUAUCUGUGUGAUGGUGGACUAUCUAACAAAGUGGUGUGAGGCUUUCCCACUAAAAACCAAGUCUGCUGAGGAGGUCACAGACUGUAUUGUAAAACUGUUCUACAAAUUUGGCGCCCCCAAAAGGCUGUUAACUGACCAGGGCAAAGAAUUUGUGAACAAGGUAGGAUUACACUUUAUUUGCUAGUUGGAAAUUGUUCGUGAAAUUGAAGAGUAUAAUUCGUGUGUGUUUUGUAUGUGUAUGUAGGUCAAUAUGGGUGUCUGUCAGCUGCUGGGAAUAAAAAGGAGUUUGUGUGCACCAUACCACCCACAAACCAAUGGUCUAGUUGAAAGGCUAAAUGGCACAAUACAGAGAUCAUUAAGCAAGCUGGUGGGAAAGCAGCCACACAAGUGGUCUGAUUAUUUGGAGGCCACAAUGUUUGGUCUCCGCACCAAAAAACAAGUGACGACAAAGUACUCUCCAUAUUACUUAAUGUUUGGCCGGGAGGCAAGGUAUCCAUCCGAGGUACCUGACAAAUAUGAGAUCAAUGAAUCUGUGGAGGACAUUCUGGCUGAGGAGUGCAUCUCUGAAUGCAUUAAAAGGCAAGACCGCAUCUUUCAAACUGUCCGGGACAAUAUUAGUUGUGCUCAACAGAAGGCCAAAAAAAGGAAGCUGGAAAAGGGAUUGUCUGUAGACAUUAAGGUUGGUGACAGGGUUUUGCGUAAAAAUAUACGGAGCAGGCAGAGAAAGGGAGGCAAACUGGACCCAGACUUCAUUGGUCCAUACACUGUGACGAGUGUAGAUGGUAAGUCCAUAGAUUUAAGGGACGACAAGGGACACACAUUUCCGAAAAUUAACAAGGACCAUUUAGUUCAUUUUUUGGAGGAACAUGCUUGUCCUGCGCCCCAGCCUCCUGUCUGUGCCUCGACCUCCCAGCCACCUCCUGUCUGUGCCUCGACCUCCCAGCCACCUCCUGUCUGUGUAAUCAAUGCAUAUCUGAGUUUGCUGACCAAGAACUAUGCAGGCAAGGCAUAUGUCAUUGAUUCCUUUCAGGCGACAAACAUCUGGAAGGGCAACGGCAGUUCUAUGAAGAGGCUGGAUCCAGAUGAAUUUGAUGUCAUGAUUGGGUCCAUUAAUGAGAACCACCACUGGACACUUCUGGUGAUUUAUCCGAAGGAAUGGCGUAUAUUAUACAUAAACUCAUUUGGGGAAAGCCGAAGUAAAUUACUUCAGUGCGAAAAGGCUAUAAGCAAAUUUAUGGACACAAGGGGAAAGGUUGGGAAGUGGAAAUGUUCCACUGUACCGCACUGCUUCCAACAGGAUGGCAAUUCAUGUGGGGUAUUUGUCUGUAAAUUUGCAGAAGCUAUUCUCACAGGUGGCAGUUUGCAGUUUGCAAGCACAGCAGACAACAUUGCUUUGCUACGCCAACAAAUAGGCCUCUGUCUGCUUCAAGGAAGUGAUGACCUGUCAGAAUUAUGUUUGACAUGUGGAGACCAACAUUCUUUCACAGAGGACAUUGAGGACUAUUCAGUGUGA